UCUUUGAAGGAUUCUUAAAUAUAUUUCAUGCAAUUUAAUAUCUGUUUUUUUUUGUGUAUAAAAGAAGAAAUCAAAAGAUUAACAAUGUUCUAGUUCGUGUUUAGGUGUCAAACCAUUUAGACUUGAAAUGGUUUUAAGGUUAUUGAUAUUUUUAGUCUUAGGGGUGUACCUAGCCGAAGGACAGUACGUGAAUUUGACACAAUAUCCUGGAGAACUAUGUAACUCAAAAUGUAUCCCAGGCAAGACUAAGAUAUGCUAUUAUCAUUGGACACUGGAACACUACAAUGCAAUGGGACCUGCUUGUGGAGCAUGCCAACAAGGAGUCACAGCUGACUGUUUUAAGCCUCAAUGUAUUAUAGGCGAUGGCUUUCAAAAAGGAGUCAUGAGCAUUAAUCGAAUGAUUCCAGGCCCGGCAAUUCAAGUUUGUCUAGGAGAUCAAGUCGUUAUUGAUGUUAAAAAUAUGGCAAUGGGAACAGCAGCUUCAAUCCAUUGGCAUGGACUACACAUGGUCGAUACACCUUAUAUGGAUGGUGUCCCCCACGUGACACAAUGCCCAAUAUUAUAUGAAUCAACAUUUCGUUACAAUUUCAAAGCUACACAAGUUGGAACACAUUUCUAUCAUUCACAUUCAGGACAUCAUAAGCUUAAUGGACAGUAUGGAGCGUUAAUAGUUAGACAACCCGAUGAAGAUAAUCCACUAAUCGAUACAUACGACUUCGAUAAGCCUGAACAUUAUAUUCUCAUUUCCGAUUGGAGACAUGACUAUGCGGAAAAUUCUUUCCCAGGACUUCCAAAAGGCGUUUCCUUCCCCGAUUCAUUCUUGAUAAAUGGCCGAGGAACUUAUGUUUCUAAAGAUACUUUUGAGCACACUGUUGUUCCUGUGACAAUAUACUACAUAGAAAAACCGGGGUUAUACAAGUUCAACAUAAUCAGUUCUGUUAGUUUGACAUGUGGUUGUACAAUACAAGCCGAAAAACAUAGUUUUAUUGUGACAGCAACUGACUCCUAUGAUAAUGAACCUGCAGAAUUUGACACCUUGGUACUGAACGCUGGAGAGAGAAACGAUGUUGUUAUCGAUGCAUGGAGGGGUUCAGGUGAUUAUUGGAUUCGCGUUCGUGGAUUGCCAAGUUGUCAAACACAACCAACUGAUACAUUUGCCUUGUUACGCUAUAUAACCAAGCCAUCAGAUUAUAAGAAACCACAGCCGCCCUUCCCGUCCUAUCAUAAAACCUAUGCAGUGGGAGAUAGUCUUAAUUUUCCGAAUGCAACUUGUUUUGAUAAUGAUAAUCAUUGGUGUGUUGCUGAUUUGACAGCAUUGGAAAGAGAUACAGAUCUUGCAACCGGCGAGCCUGAUUACAAGUUUACAUUUCGAUUUUAUAAUUAUGUUUUUCCAGUUGAGCAGGGAUUCAUUCCUGGAAAAUAUGUUCGCUUUGACAAUCCUGAAGCGGAUGUAAUAGCAUCUGGAGUUGUGAACAAUAUGAGUCUGAUAUUUCCUCCACAAACAAUUUUAACUCAAUAUAACGAAGUUAAUAAAAGUCAAAUGUGUGAUGGAUUUAAUUUCCCAGCGAGAUGCAAAGGUCAAGAAACUUGCAAUUGUAUUAAUAUGGUAAAAGUUAAAACGGGUGCCAAAGUGGAAAUGACUCUAAUAGAUGACGCGUUAGUUCCUGAUUUGAAUCAUCCAUGGCAUUUGCAUGGUAGUGAAUUUUUUGUAGUGGGAAUGGCUUUGGACCCUAACAAUAUGACAAAAGCUGUGGAAACAGCUAGAAAAGUUAGAAAAAGUGCACCUGUAAGGAAAGAUACUGUACAAGUACCAAAUAAUGGUGUUGUUGUAGUUCGAUUUCGAGCAAAUAAUCCAGGUGUUUGGUUGGUGCAUUGUCAUUAUGAAUUACAUUUGGCCACUGGAAUGGCAUUCCUUUAUCAAGUUGGUGAACCAAGUGAAUGGCGUCAGCCGCCAAGUGAUUUUCCAAAAUGUGGCAACUAUGUUCCCGGAAUUAGAAAAGGUUAUUAUUAGAGAAUGAGAUGGGUGAGAGAGUGAACAAAUCAAACAGGACUCUAAGA